AGAAGCAGCAGCAGCGCCAGCAGCCACAGCAGCAGCAGCAGCAGCAGCAGCGCCUGCAGCCUCCGCGGACGCAGCCCGAGGACUCCAUGAAGUCCGAGCGGCGCCUGCAGCCCAGUCCGGCCGAGCCCUCGGUUUUCUGAUGGAGGUCCCUCAAUGGGACCCACUGAGAAAUGACUCCCUGCCACCCACCCUCACCCCAGCCGUCCCUCCCUACGUGAAGCUCGGCCUCACCAUCGUCUACACCAUCUUCUAUUCGCUCCUCUUCGUGUUCAUCUACGUCCAGCUGUGGCUGGUCUUGCACUACGGGCACAAACGGUUCAGCUACCAGACUGUCUUCCUCUUCCUCUGCCUCUUCUGGGCCUCCCUGCGGACCAUCCUCUUCUCCUUCUACUUCAAAGACUUCGUCGCAGCCAACUCGCUGAGCCCCUUCGUCUUCUGGCUGCUCUAUUGCUUUCCGGUGUGCCUCCAAUUCUUCACCUUGACCUUGAUGAACCUGUACUUCACGCAGGUGAUUUUCAAAGCAAAGUCAAAAUACUCUCCAGAAUUACUUAAAUACCGACUUCCCCUCUACUUGGCUUCCCUCUUCAUCAGUCUUCUUUUCCUGUUGGUAAAUUAAACCUGUGCAGUGCUCGUGAAAACAGAAAAUUGGGAGAGAAAGGUCAUCGUCUCAGUUCGGGUCGCCAUUAACGACACACUCUUUGUUCUCUGUGCCAUCUCGCUUUCCAUCUGCCUCUACAAGAUUUCCAAGAUGUCCUUAGCCAAUAUAUACUUGGAAUCUAAGGGCUCAUCCGUGUGUCAAGUGACCACCAUUGGGGUGACGGUUAUCCUGCUUUAUGCAUCCAGAGCCUGUUACAACUUGUUCAUAUUAUCCUUUUCUCACAAUAAGAAUGUCCAUUCCUUUGAUUACGACUGGUACAAUGUAUCAGACCAGGCAGAUCUGAAGAGUCAGCUUGGAGACGCUGGAUAUGUAGUGUUUGGAGUGGUCCUUUUUGUGUGGGAGCUUCUGCCCACCACCUUAGUCGUUUACUUCUUCCGAGUUAGAAAUCCUACAAAGGACCUAACAAAUCCUGGAAUGGUCCCAAGUCAUGGAUUUAGCCCUAGAUCCUAUUUCUUCGACAACCCUCGAAGAUAUGACAGUGAUGAUGACCUUGCUUGGAACAUCGCCCCUCAAGGGCUUCAGGGAAGCUAUGCACCAGAUUACUAUGACUGGGGACCACAGACUAAUAGUUUCAUGGCACAAAUAGGAUCACAACAAGAUUCGACGUUGGAUCCCGACAAAUCCAGCAAUGGGUAGCUUCUGUUAACAACAGGAUUACAGAAUUUUACUCCACAGUGACAAGUUUCAGAAAAACAAGCUUGGGGACAGCUGGAUGUUUAGGGCACUGUCACAUGAGAAAUAAAUAGGAUUGAACUUUGUUGAUUGCUCCAGUGGGACUAAGCAAUAAUUUAGGUGGAUAAAACUUUAGUUAGUACUAAAGAAAUGAGCCUGGCUAUUUCCCUAGGCAUAAUUUAAUUUUUUUUUAUUUGUACUUUUACAGAAGACAUAUUUUAUAUAACUUAAAUGAUAAUGCUAAAGUAUGUUAAGGUUCUCUCCCAAGAAUUUGUUGAUGCAAUGUAUUUUUUAGUUUGCACAGAUAUUUUUAUGUAUAAUUCACUUUACAAGUAUACAAUAUAUAGUUUAAUGUGUCCUAUGGCUUGUUAUAGAUGCAUUUCUCAGAUGAUUAAAAUUAUUCCAAUUUAAUUAGAAAGGCAUUUGAAAAUAGAUAACCUUGUUAGAUAUAGAAACCUUUCUCAGUGCUGCACAGUAGAACCUCAUGACUUGAUUACCCUAAUGUCUACAUGUCUAACUAGUUUCCAAGUUCAAAGUUGCAGUUGGAUAGACUGUUGCAAGCCUUCUGGACAAAUGGCUUUUUCCAAAUAUAAAAACCCUGGUGGGUGGCUCCUCAAGGAGGAUUCAGCCUUUUUUUUUUCUAAGGAGAAAGGCCUUACAUUUUGCCCCAAAUUUUGUGCUUUUAAUAAGGCAAAAUGUGCACAAAUUAAAUGAGAACAAAUUAAAACUGACAUUAGAUGUGCUAACUUACAGUCUUGAACUUUCUCUUCUGUAACCAUAAGGAUUUUUGCAAAGUUUUCAUCCAAAUUAGAAUCUAACAUCCAUAAAUUCAGGACCUGAGCCUCCUAGGGCUCUUCCACACAUCUAAUGACUUUUACAUUCAAUUAGAUGCUAUAGGUUUCUUAAAGGGGAUUUAUAACAUCCUUAGUACUAUAGCUGAAGUCAAUUUACUUUGGGCCCCAAAUAGUUAUAAUUCUAUCUUAGACCAAUGCGGAAAAUGUUAAUUUAUUUGAACUGAUUUUAAAAACAAAAUAAUGAAAAUUGAUUGUCCAGAAGGUAAGUAGAGUUUAUACAUGUUACUAUGCCUCAGCAAGGGGCACCUUCUAGAGAAUUAUCUGUCUCUGAGGUGGAAAAACAUGCUGCAAAACCAGCUUCAUUUGGAUAAUGCUGCUAAUGUUACACACUCCUCUCAUGGGUUUUUUUCAUUGUAAAAAAUCCCUAGGGAAUGGAAGACUGUCAGGCAUAUAUCUCACCAACAGGUUAAAUAGGCAGGUUUUCUACAGAGCCAAGAGCCAGAGAAAAUUCAGAUGUUGUAUAAAGAGAUCAUUCCUACUCAGCAAAUCUCAAGUCUCAAGGCAAUAAAAUGGACAAAAUGGAAAGAAAUUUUAUCUUUACUUUUGUUGGGUAAAUCCCACCUGCAAUACCAAACUGGUCAAUGAUCCAUGGUUUAUAAUUUCAUUCUCCACAAAUAUUUUCUGCUUAGCAAUCCAGAUGAUUUAAACCUCUAAGAUUAAUUUCACUUCUGUUGCCUUGAUGCUAUGUAACUGCCCCAUUUAACUGGGACAAAGGUGUCAAACCAAACUAUGAUGUGGAUUUUUCAUGUAAUUUGAAUCCCUUUACCCCAUGAAAUCCAACAUAGUUGUGACUGAGUUGGAGCAUUCUAAAUUGAUGAAGGUCUUUGGACAGAAAGGAAACCUCCAUUGAUCAGUUCUACCUUCUCAAAAAUAUUUCAGAUUUUGACAUCAAAAUCUUAAUUUUCCCAAUAGCCUUAAAAAUGACCUGUCACUGUUUUUCUGUCUUUGAAGCCGAUUAUGGAUUCUUCUCUGCAGUAAAAAGGUCUCUGGGCUUCUUUUUCUUUUGUGUAAGGUAAAAGGUAGGGGAGGGGGAAUUGGCAAAUAUAAACUCAAAACUUCUACCAGCUCUCAUCCUUUAGUGUUCUAGAAGAACUCUUUUUAAUUAAGCUUUCAUGUAGGCUCUGUAGAAUACUUUCCUUAUCAUUAGGACAGCUAAAUAUAUUCAUUCAAAUUGGAUCUAUGAUCUCAUUGAUGUGGCUGAUGUGGGUUGCAACAUGCCUGCCUGUCCUGUAAAACACCUGUUCAUGGCCUCCCAUAAGUUUGUCAGAGAGGGUCCAUUCAUCAUGCCAGACCUUUCUCACAUUCUCUUGGUAUCAUGAGGAUACCAUGAAGUCCAUGGGCUACUUGUCAGUUAUCACACUCAACACAUGACCAGCCCACCUUCUGUUUUGAUCAUAUAUUUCUUUGAUGGUAUCCUUUGCUGCAGAGUAAAUAAAUUUAAAGUAUUUUAAUAUGAAAAAAACAUAUCAAAUCAUAUUACUAAAACCAAGUAAUGAUCACAGCCUUAUGCUAUAAUCUAAAAACAUUGCUUAUACUUUUAUGAUUUUAGGCAUAGAAAUUUGAAAUGCUCAUUAUGUCACCACUGCAAGCCAUAAUUUACCUUUAUAUUAAAGCUGCUAAUAUUUCAUGAAGAUGAAUUGGGGAAGAGGGAGAUAGUGAUGCACUUGGUGUCUACUUAAUAUACUUUGUGUCUUAACUUUUGUUUCUGUAGUAAUGUCAAAACAAUGACAAAACCCAAGUCUUGUAAAUGCACACCUGCAUAUGAAAUGUCUCAAUUAACUUGGAAUCUGUACUUGAAUGUACCAAAAUGCAAUCUCUUUUUCUCUGCUAGUAAACGAGUAUGCAUACAUUUCUGAAAGACACAGGGGUGGGAGGAAAAAUGCAGUUUUCAUUUAGCUUCUUAAUUUAUUUUUGACUGUUAACUAUAAUGAUGAAGCUGCUUAGUCUAUAAAAUCCUUUAAAAAAUACUAAGGAAAUUAAAGAAAUAAUUAUACUGGCUCUAAAAUAUUCCUACAGGCUAUAUUUGUUUUCUUUGUGUUAAAGCAAUAUAAGACAAAUGCAGAAAAUUAAAAGAAGUGGACAAUAUUUUAUUAAAGGUUCUGAGCCAAUACAUAUCAAAGCCUGAUAUAAUACCAAAAGCAUAUGCUUACAAUGCUGUUUUUAUAUUAGCACACAGAACAUAAUUUGUUUAACCAUUAAAAAUAUCUAUACAGGCACAAUAGUUUUCUUCUUCGUAAUUAACCUCAGAAGAAUUCUAUUGUACCUAUGUGGCAGACAUUUUACUAUGGCAUUUUAUAGAUAGCCCAUUUUAAUUGGGCCAGUUUAGAAACACAGACACAGGCAGUCAUAGUGUUUAACACAGUUAGGUCUGAGAUAUUGCCAAGAAAUUUAUGCCAUAGCAGACAGCAUGGACACGUGUUGCAUUUGAAAGAAUGAAUUUAGGUAUUGCUAAUUACCUAGUACUUAGCACAGUUAUCUGGCACAUAGUGCGUGCUUACUAAAUGAUUGCUGACUUACUGGAUUUGGGAUGUACUUAAUAUCUAUGAUGGCUAUCAGAAUUAGCUUCUUUGAUCAGUAACUUCUAAGACUGGGACCAAAUUGAAAAGCUUCAUCUUACCUUAAAAUUAAGUUUGCAGAAAUUGUAACUGUCAAAUAUUAAAAGUUACUCCCUAUAAAGGUAAAAAAAACCCAAGCAUUCCCAUGUCUAAGAGCUCUGUCAAAAAGGAGUGCUACAAGAAAUACAAUCUAAUUUCCGACAAUAAAGUCAAAUUUAUUUUAAAUUUAUAUGGGUCUAUGUAUUUGAAAUUAUAUUGACAAUGCCAAUAAAAGAUACUUGAUAAAA